AUGGUUGCAGUAGAUGACAUUCGUAGAGGCAGUCAAAAGUUAAAGUAUGAACCCAUUUUUACUGAAGGCAGGAUGACUGUUUAUACAUAUGAAGGUGUUAUUAUGACUGGACUCCCAGAAAGUGGCUUAAACAGAGCUGGUGUAAGAAUUAACUGUGGACUGAGCAUUAUUCCAUUGGGGCAGAAUACAUACAUCCUUAAGAUCUCCCAUGUUCAGAUUCUGGAGUACAAUGGCAUUUGGCCCAGGGAUUCCUUCAUCCCGUCACAUAAACUCACACAGAAGCUGGCUCCAGAGCUGACCAAGCCCGUGAAGUUUGAGUACAGCAAUGGCCGAGUGGGAAACAUCCAGGCCCCUGCAGACCUGCUUGAAGAUGUCCUCAACAUUCAUCGUGGAAUCCUCAACAUCUUUCAAAUCACCAUGAAGAAAUCACAAAAUUUCUAUGGGCUGCAAGAGGCUGGGAUUGAAGGUGUUUGUCUCACAAAUUACAUCAUUCAGGAAAACAAGAAAUCUAACCGAAUUACUGUCACCAAGUCCAAAGACUUGAAUAACUGUAAGGAGAAAGUUAUGAGAUUCACUGGUGCAGUCUAUGCUGAACUCUGCCCUAUCUGCCAACAGAGCAAUAGGAAUAUACGUGCGUCUGCUACCUUCACCCAUAUCCUAAAACCUACAGCAGCUGGUGCAAUUCUUCAGGAAGCAAGGGUUCAUGAAGUGCAUCAAUUUACACCUUUCAAUGAACAUUAUGGAGCUGCUGUCAUGAAAGCAAGGCAAUACCUCAGGCUGGUAAACAUCAGGCCUGUAGUCCUACAUGAACAGCAGGUUCAGUUUGUGAAUCGAGGAACCUUGAAAUAUCACUUUGACGAGAAUAUACUUGGCAAACCAAUGAAAUUAAUGAAAAUCCACAAUGUGGAAAAAGUGAUUCUCGACAUCCUGAAACAUCUGGAACAGCACAAUCAGGACAGAAUCCAUUUUGACACCCCUGCCAAAUUUCUGCAACUUGUUCAAUUACUCCGAUCCACAACAGAAGAAACUAUCGAUACCUUGUGGAGAAAGUCACACAGCCUUGAACUCAACACUCGGCGCUGGAUUCUGUUUGCACUUCCUGCUGUUGGCACAUCUGCCGCACUGAACUUCCUCAAAACAAAAAUUCAGAGCUUGGACAUCUCGACAGCUGACAUAGUUCAGGCCUUGGUCCUUGCCAUGCAUCAAAUCACAGCUGACCAUCAAAGCCUAUCAAUAGUCAGAGAACUAUUUGGUAUGAAUCAUGUGCAGCAGAUCCCCAUACUUCGCCAGAUUGUUUACCUCGGAUAUGGCUCCAUGGUUUUCAGAUUCUGUGCAGAGAAGGAGACGUGCCCUGACAGUCUGUUUAAGCCGCUCCAUGACUUGCUCAGUGCAGCUACAGCACAUGCCAACGAGGAGGACAUUGUUCUCGGACUCAAGGCGAUUGGCAAUGCGGGGCAGCCAGUGAGCAUCAAGAACAUCAUGAAACUGCUACCUGGCUUCGGCACAGCGGCUGCUACCAUCCCGCUGAAAGUUCAGGUCGAUGCUGUCAUGGCUCUGCGUAACAUUGCAAAGAAAGACCCAGGAAAGGUACAAGCCAUCAUGAUGCAGUUAUUCAUGAAUCGAAAGAAUCAUCCUGAGAUACGAAUGUCUGCUUGUGCAAUCUUCCUGUGCACCAAGCCACCUUUGAACUCCUUGUUAGUGCUGACUGAUUCACUGCUAAAGGAGACCAAUUUGCAAGUGGCGAGCUUUGCUUAUUCACAGUUCAGAUAUCUGGCAAGGAGUUCACUCCCUUCUCUCAGGUCCCUAGCAGCUGGGUGCAAUAUAGCUGCAAAACUCCUAAGCCCCAAAUUUGACCGACUUGGCCUAAGGUUCAGCAGGAUGCUGCACCCGGACACAUUCUGCUAUAAGCUGAUGUCAGGAGUAUCUGCAAAAGCCAUUCUACUGAAUAAUGCUGGGACUCCCAUCCCAACAGUAGCAGCAGCCAAAAUCACAGGUCAUACAUUGGGAUCUUCUGCGAAUCUGGCAGAGGUCAGCUUUCGAAUGGAAGGCCUUCAAGAGGUCAUCAUGAAAACCCUUGCACCAGUCAGAGGAGCGCCCGAUCUCAAGCAAAUUCAACGUAUCUUAAAUAAGUUCCCAGAUUGGAAAUCUUUGCCUGAAAAAGUCCCUCUGGCUUCAGCAUACCUGAAAGUGUUUGACCAAGAGAUAGCCUUUGUGGAGUUCAAAAGGAAUGACAUUGAGAAAGCCAUUCAAGUAAGGUCAGUCACUGAUGCCCAGGGGAAACGCAGCACAUUGGCGAAGUUGGUAUCACGACUGCAGAAUCCAGUUGAGUUGCACCCUGAAGCAGCCUUAAUGAGCGCCGAGCUGAGACAGUUUGUCCCCACUUGUGUGGGUUUGGCCAUGGAAUUCUCCUUCAUUUCAGCGGCAGCAGCAAGAGCCAAUAUCAAUGUUGAUGCGCGCAUCCCUUCCUCCAUCUCAUCCUUUUCUCAAUUGCUCAACACUGAUAUUCAGCUGAACGUUCAGCUGAACCCAAGUGUGGCUGUACAUAGCAAAGCCAUAAUGGGAAUAAAUACUCCCUUCAUCCAGUCUGGUUUAGAACUUGAUGCAAAACUUUAUUCUGCGUUUUCUGUGGACGUAACAGCGAAUGUGAACAUAAAAGAAAGAAAUUUGAAAAUUGACACUGCACCAGUUGAACAAGAAAAUGAAAUCAUGUCUUUCAGAUCAGAAGUAUUUGCUGUUUCAAGAAACAUUGAGGAUUUGUCUGCGGCAAAAUCGGUGCUGAUUUUACCUGACGCAGAAGAGCCAAGCAUCACAAAUCAAAAAUUCCAGGCAACGUGGCGCAAUCCAACAGAUUUAGCGGUUUGUUCAGGAUAUAUCGCUGAUGAAGAUGAGUGUCACGAUCAAACACACCGACGAGCCCCAAGGCCCACAGUGAGCAACACUUGUGCGAGAAUGACAACAUUUGGCUUUGACGUGUGUCUGGACGCAAAGUCAGCAAGUGCUGUUUACAUCCGUCAUGGUCCGCUAUACAGGCUGAUGGGAGUGCACAAAGCCAGAAUUGUAAUCAGACCAGUACAGUCAGAGUCUAGAAUCAAAAGGUUGCGGCUGGAAGUACAGACAGGUCCCAAAGCAAGUGCCAAAAUGGUUCGGUUUCUGGAGAGAGAGGAGCAGAUCCCUGAAAGAGUCCGUCCACUUCUUAAAGUAGUGUCUCAUUUACAGAGAAGAAUGGAAAACCAAACCUGGGCCAGGAGCUCCUCAGACAGGUCCAUUUCUAUAAGUUUGUCAGGAAGCAAGACGACCUCCCAAAGUUCUUCAGUGUCAAGUGACAAUUCAGGCAGCAUGUACCACAGCGUUCACCAGAAGGAAGACCGACAGGUUUCAAUAUCCAAAAGGGGCAGCAACAGCAGAGAUCGUCAUGCUGUUAACAGCACCAGCAACGACAUGUUCUCCAGCAGUGCAUGGAGAAUAAACCAGGACCUGAUAGAUGUUAACUUCAAGUCAGGUGAAAAUAUUGAGGGUAAUUUCAUUGGAACAAUAGGCACGCCAUCCGUCACCAUCCUUGCUCAAGCUAAAAGGGGUGAUGGCAAAGAGCAAGGAUAUCAGCUCACAGGAUCGAUGGAGGGUUCAGAGGCCUGGCCGAGAGUGCACAUACGAGUUGUCGAACUGAAGGAAGACAGCAGCUGGAAAAUGUGUGUCGAUGCUGCAAUUCCGAAAGCACACAAAGCAACGUUAAUGUUCAGAUGGGGUGAAGACUGCCAGAAAUAUAAAAUAUCUUAUGAGGCAUCGUUAGGACGUCUUGCAAACCAUCCAGCUAUGAAAAUUAAAACUCAGUGGUCAGAAAUCCCUACUGCAAUGAUAUCUGGUGGAAGGGUGAUUGGAUCUGGAGUUGCUUUUCUAUUUGGAUUUUCCAAUAAAUUCAAACGUAAUCCUUCGCAUCAGAUCACACAACUGAUAGCCCUAACAUCACCAUGGACCAUCGAUACAAUUGUUAAAGUACCCAGGCUAACAAUCUAUUAUCAAGGCUUCGAGCUUCCUUUGCCAGUGCACGUUCAAUCAAUGACUCCAGUCAUUCAGACGAGAGGCUUUAAAAGCAUCAACGAAAUUCCCCGGCUGCUGCUGACAAUGAACCAAAGAGAAUGUACUUCAGAGAGUGAACGAGUUGUUACAUUUGAUGGCAAUGAAUUAAAAUACACAAUACUUAACAAUUGCUACUAUGUCCUAACCAAAGAUUGUUCACCUACUCCACAAUUUGUUCUCUUAAUGCGGCGUGAUGUUAACCAGCAGAGGAAGAAGGCAAUAAAGCUGCUCAUAUCUGUGCCUAACAUUGUAAUUGAAGCAUAUUGGACACCGGCUGGAAUAAAGUUCUUGGUGGACAAUGUUAAAACCACUCUGAAUAAUGAAGAAAGGGUUAUACAAAAUGUACAUGUUUGGCAGAAUGGGACAGGAAUUAUUUUAAAAGCAUCAUCAAUCAAUAUUGAACAAUUGUUCUUUGAUGGAAACAGAGUGCAGAUUGUACUCGAUCACAUGAUGAGUAAGACAUGUGGGAUUUGUGGACUCAAUAAUGGUGAGAAAAAGCUGUUGAUGCCAAAUCAAGAGGAGGCCAGAGAUGUUGGGCACCUUUUUGAAUCAUGGACCUUUCCAGGGCAAACCUGCAAAGAUGAUUGUAAAGUUCGACGAACAUUUGUGGAACUAGGAAAAGUUGUCAAGUUUGAAGAGCAGGAAUCCAAAUGCUACUCAGUUGAACCUGUUCAACGUUGCCUGGAAGGAUGUUCACCAAUUGAAACACACUCUCGCAUUGCCAAUUUCCACUGUGUACCAGCCAAUCGCUCCGUGAAUGCAGCUGCUAUGUUAAAUUUCCGGAAGAAAUCUGUGCACAUGAGCCACUCUGUGGAUUUCCAUACUGACUGUGUGUGUGGCUGUGCUGACGUGUAA